AGUAAUAUUCUUACUUCAAGAAAGAAAAGAACCUAUAGCUAGCAGCGUCACCUUCUUCCAAGAGCAAGAAACACUUUCUUCCUUCCAAGAGCAAGAAGCACUUUCUUCCAAGAACAAGAAGUUUGCCACAUCGGUGAGUGCAACUUGUAUAAAUCUUAAUUGAAACACUAGGGUUUUAUUUGGCUUCAAGAUUAUGGGUGAAGAAACAAGACCGAAUGGUACUAAUCCGAGAACUUCCGCACCACCGACGAUUGGCUCGUCUGUGAUCCCGAUCGUCAACAAGCUCCAGGACAUUCUGGCGCCGGUUGGGAGCGAACUGUCCAAUAUUUCGCUCCCACAUGUGGCCGUGGUUGGCAGUCAGAGCAGCGGCAAGUCCAGCGUACUCGAGGCGCUGGUUGGCCGUGACUUCCUUCCUCGCGGCCGCGACAUUUGCACCCGCCGACCCCUAAUACUGAUGCUCGAGAAUUUCCAGCCGAAACCUGGUGACCACAAUGGCGAGUGGGGCGAGUUCCGUCACUUGCCCGGCCAGCGCUUCUACGAUUUCUCCAAGAUUCGUCAAGAAAUACAGACCGAGACUGAAAGGGAAGCAGGAUAUAACAAAGGGGUUUCGGAUAAACAAAUUGGCUUAAAAAUUUUCUCUCCGAAUGUCCUUAAUAUGACCCUCGUUGAUCUACCCGGUAUCACCAAAGUUCCCGUGGGAGAUCAACCUAGUGACAUUGAAGCGAGGAUUAGGAAGAUGAUAAUGGCACACAUCAGCCAAGAAAACUGUAUCAUUUUGGCUGUUAGUCCCGCAAAUUCUGAUUUGGCAACUUCUGAUGCGCUUCAGAUGGCAAGAGAAGCUGAUCCAACCGGUUCUAGGACUAUUGGUGUAAUCACCAAGCUUGAUAUAAUGGAUAGGGGUACCGAUGCCCGAAACUUUCUGCUCGGAAAAGUUGUCCCACUUCGCCUUGGUUAUGUUGGUGUUGUGAAUCGCAGCCAAGAGGACAUUAAUAAAAAUCGAAGCAUUGCAGAAGCUCUUGCAUACGAGGAGAGAUUCUUCCGUGAUCAUCCUGUAUAUUGUGGUCUAUCAGAUCAUUGCGGCAUUCCACAGUUAGCUUCCUUGCUGAAUCAGAUUCUGGAACAGCAUAUCCGAAUGGUUCUCCCAGGUUUAAAGGCUGAUCUCAAUUCCCACAUGGGUGGUAUCGUUAAAGAGCUGCGAACAUAUGGAGAUGCCAUGGAAUCUAAAGGGGAACAAGGAGUGAUUCUGUCGAACAUUUUGACAAAAUAUUGUGAAGCCUUUUCUGCCAUGGUGGAUGGGAAAAGCAACAAAAUGUCAACUAAAGAAUUGUCAGGCGGAGCCAGGAUUCACUACAUUUUUCAGUCUAUUUUUGUAAAGAGUUUGGAGGAAGUGGACCCUUGUGAAGAUCUGAAUGAUGAUGAUAUCCGAACAGCUGUUCAAAAUGCCACUGGUCUGGGAAAUACUUUGUUUGUGCCAGAAGUUCCAUUUGAAGUUUUGGUUAGACGACAAAUUGCUCGGCUGCUAGACCCUAGCCUUCAGUGUCUACGGUUUGUUUACGAUGAACUGAUGAAGAUGAGCCGUGCUUGUGGGGCAGUUGAGUUGCAAAGGUUUCCAUUCUUAAGAAGACGUAUGGACGAAGUCAUGGGAAAGUUCUUGCGUGAUGGUGUAAAACCUGCUGAGAGAAUGAUAGCAAAUCUUAUUGAGAUGGAGAUGGAUUAUAUAAAUUCUUCAAAUCCUAAGUUUAUAGGCGGCAGCAAAGCUAUUGAGCUUGCUAAGCAGCAGUUGAAAUUAUCACAGGAUUUAGAUGUUGAAAAGGUACCCACAUCAGAGAGGAUCCAGAGUUCUCGAAAGUUGGUUGUGAAUGGUGUGGUGUAUGGGAUCUCACAUUCUUGGCAAGGAGAACACCUACCAAGUAACAUUUAUACUUGCAAUGCAGGAGGUAACACAGCCUCGAGGACUUGGGGAAUUUCAUCAAUGUUUGGCAGCAGGGCAAAAUCUGGAGAGGUGCAAGGUAGCCAAUCUGUUGGUGAAACUGUUCCGUUUGUGGAGCAGAUACCUUCUACAAUCCAGUUGAGAGAGCCACCAUCCAUGCUAAGGCCACUUGAAAUGACAGAGCGUGAUGCAGAGAUAAUAAUUGCAACAAAAUUACUCUUAGGGUCUUACUAUGACAUUGUUAGAAAGAACAUUCAAGACUUAGUACCGAAGUCUAUAAUGCACUUUCUGGUUAAUCAUACAAAAAGGGACCUUCAUAUCGUCUUUAUACAAAAACUAUACAAAGAAAACCUUUUUGACGAGCUAUUGCAGGAGCAUGACGAAGUUGUUGUAAAAAGAAAACAGAACCGAGAAAUGUACAAUGUUUUGCAACAAGCCAUUCAGACACUUGAGGAGGUUGAGUUGGUUGUGUCAUCCCAUAGUUCAAACUUAAGACCAGGCACUGAUGCUACCACCGGAUUGUCAAGAAUCCCUGACUUUUCAUCCCAUCUACGCUCAACAAAUUAUGGUGAGAACAGGUCAUCUGACGCAUCAUCAUUUACUAAUUCCAGAGCUAGUAGAUUAUUUCAUUCAGAAGGGGCGGCGGUAUUGCCUGUCAACUCAAAUGGACUGUAACUAUCAAGCACGUGGUAGGGGGUGUACACUAAUUCAGAAAAUGCAAUUUGGAUUUCCAUAUAGAAAUUUAGCUAGGGUUCGAACUUUGCUGCGUCAAUAUUCUUUGAUUUAGAAGUUUGUGAUCAAGAUUAUAUCUGUGGGGGUUUGGUAUUGCUCCCAGAUUUGGAGGUGGGCGUUACUACAUGUUCCUGAAUAGGUUUAUUCAGAAUCUCAUAUAUAUAUAUACACAAAUUAUUUGUGGUGCUUAA